AUGAUGCAUACCCAAAUCCACGUGGCACUGAUGGAGAAGGCUCUCUGGAAGGAGUUUGACGACCAUCGGAACGAAAUGAUUAUAACCAAGAUUGGAAGAAAUCUCUUCCCCAUCCUGGAAUUCGCGUUCAAGGGGCUCAUUGAGCACCAAAUGUAUCGAAUUGGCAUCACGAUGGAGCCUACGAUUUUUCAAAAGCUGAAAUUCACGGCCGGUCGAUGGGAAAAGCUGGAUAUUCUUGAGGAUCUCAUAACGACCAAUGAGGUUUUUUUUGUGAAAAGUGGCCGAGAGCUACUUCAUCGUGGGCUGAAACUUGAAAAAUUGAAGCUCACCAAUUCCAAGGAUGCUGUUCAGAAAAAUGAUCAAAUGAUCCGCGUCCAAUCCAUGCGUCAAUACAUCCCCAUUCUCAAUAUCUAUGAGGAUCUUCCUAAUGGAGCACACAUGCAAAUCGGAAAGUACAAGUUCACAGAAACCAAGUUCAUCGCUGUCACUGCUUAUCAAAGCGAAAAAGUGAAAAAUCUAAAAGUCCAAAAGAACAAAUUCGCUCAAGGAUUUCGAGAAGGUGUCAAAAGUGUACAGCCUCCAGCUAAACGUCCACCAUCCACAACGUCUUCUCAAUCGUCUCCAGAUUCCACGCUGUCUUCUGAAUCCUCUUCUGAUGGGCAGAUGUUGGGCAAGAAUAGGACAAACGAAUUACAGUAUCCUUCUCAAAAUCUGCCUCCAUUCUCUUCCCAAACGCCUAGCUAUCCAUUUCAGCAAAUUCAGAAUUUCCAGAAUUUUGAGGGCCUCCAGAAUUUCCAAAAUCAUCAAAAUUUUGACCCAAAUUUACAGUACUGGACUCCGCAGAAUCCACAAUAUGAUUUUGGCAAUAACUACAAUAACCCUUAUGGGUAUCAAUGGCAGUUUUGA